GAGGCAGCAGGAGAGACGGCGCGCGACUGAACAGAAAGCUCAACGAAAGUACAAAGACUGGCUGCAAAGAAAGAACCAAGAAAAAAUAGAAAAGGAAAAGAAGGAGAAAGAGGAAGCCUCCCUGAAGGAGGAGCAGGAGAUGGAGCGGCGUAGGAGGGCUGAAGAGAAGUUUAAGGAAUGGCUGGCAAAGGCCAAUGAAAAAAGCAAAGCUAGUCCCAAAAAGCCCAGCUAUCCAUCAAGUCCCUAUGACAAAUCCUACCCAUCGCCCAGUUUUGUCAAUCCAAUCCCCUGGAAGCCAAUCCAUGUCCCUCCUCCAGAACCAUCCUCCCUCGUGACAUCAAGCAAGAAACCUCUGAAACAGAGAAGAAGUCAACAGAGCCUCAGCAACACGUUUAGUCCAGCACAUUUGCAGCAGAAGAGAUGACACAGCAGGUUGACGUGUAUGACUGUGAUGCGGCAGCUUAGUUACGGGCUUAACUGUGAUUUCUGCACCACCACAGCUUCUGGGCCAAGACUCUGAAAAAAAUAAACAAAAAAUAAACAAAAAAAAAACAAUCCUUGUGUGCUGAGUCACACAAGGAUUUGUGUUCUCUUAAGGUGGUUGUGGUGAAGAUGUAUUUGGUUUAUGUUUUUGUUUUUUAAAUUAAUGGAAUUAUUCAAAUUUUGAUAUGAUGUUCGUGUGACUAGAUAUUUAAAAGUCCAGAAUACAAUUUUCUGUAGAUGUACUGCAAUACUUUUUUUUUUUAUUUGGAUAAAUGUGGCACAGUCAAAGAUCUGUUUCGGUCUCAUUCAUUCUGUGGUCAACAAAACCACGUUUCAUUGCACUGAACAAAUAAGGCACCACCCGCACGACAGAAAGAAGGUGGCUGGUGGUCACAGCCAAAGAUAGACCCAGCUUGGUCAAGUGCCCCUCACACUUCACACAUUGUUCUGUGUCCAGCUGUGCCUUGUUCUUCUGUGGGCUGAGAUGACGACAGAAUGUAGUGAGGGGGUGGAAAGAGAGAGAGAGAUUCAGAGCAGUAUGCUCAGUCUGUGUUAGCAUCUCACUGUGAUGCCAAUGUGUGAAGCCUGAGGUUAUCUUGACCACGCCCACAUGCUUAAAUACUGAUUUUUAUAGUUGCAUGGCUGCAAGUGUAGCAGUCACACCCUCUUAAAAUGGGAAGUCUGCACUCAGAGUGAACCUUCAACACUUUUGUUCGCUCCUAUAAUUUACGGUAUUGAGUGCUGUUAAACAUACAAAGAAAAUCCAUAUCCCAAGAUGCAGUGGUGCAGGUGGGCUGGCAGUUGGAAAUCACAACUUCCAACACAGACUGCUGGGCCAGAGAUUGAAGACUCUUUUGACUUUCUUUUUAAAAUCAUCUUGGUUGGUGACUCAGAUGUUGGGAAGACCUGCGUGGUGCAAAGCUUCAAAUCUGGCAUCUUCAUCGAAAAGCAACAAAACACCAUUGGUGUUGACUUUACUGUUCGUACCCUGGACAUUGAUGGCAAGAAGGUGAAGAUGCAGGUGUGGGACACUGCGGGACAGGAGCGUUUCCGCACCAUAACUCAAAGCUACUACCGCAGCGCCCAUGGGGCGAUGGUGGCCUAUGACAUCACUCGACGCAGCACAUUCGAAUCGGUUCCACACUGGAUCAGAGAAGUGGAGCUGUACGGAGCUGCCAGUGUGGUGCUGAUACUCAUUGGUAAUAAGUCAGAUCUCCACGCUAAGAGACAGGUGCUCUUUGAGGAUGCUUGCAAUCUGGCAGAAGACAGUGGUGUGCUGGCUGCUCUGGAAACCUCAGCCAAGGAGGCCCAGAACAUAGAGGCUGCCUUCAUUCUUAUGGCUCGAGAACUAAUGGCACGCAAUGGUAUGACCAUCAUAAACGAGUCCUCUGAAAACUCUCCUCAGUUCAUGCUGAGUAACAACUCUCACCCGGUCCCUAGUGCCGUGGCUACAGAUAAAAAGUGUGGGUGCCGAGAAGGCUGAAGCAGGGAGUCACUCGAAGAGUGGGAAUGGAGACCUGAAUACUCAAUUUACCUGUUUCUCUACCAGAGAAUGGGAUGUUAUUUAAAGAGAAACUGUGUGUUGCAACGUGUGUGUGUGAAUACUGGUUUUGUAUGUUUUGACUUUUUAAUAUUUAACAUGUUGUAAUAUUAUUCUGAGGAUAAUGAAUGUGAUGACAAACCACUCCUCUGCCAGAGGACUUUGUACACAGACUCCAGCACAGUAAACACUACAGUUUUA